CUCCUCCAUGCCUCUGUGCCUCCUGCUCCUGCUUGUCCUGCUCCUGCUGCUCGAGGACGCUGGAGCCCAGCAAGGUGAUGGAUGUGGGCACACUGUACUAGGCCCUGAAAGUGGAACCCUUACGUCCAUAAACUACCCCCAGACCUAUCCCAACAGCACUGUUUGUGAAUGGGAGAUUCGUGUAAAGAUGGGAGAGAGAAUUCGCAUCAAAUUUGGUGACUUUGACAUUGAAGAUUCCGAUUCUUGUCACUUUAACUACUUGAGAAUUUAUAAUGGAAUUGGAGUCAGCAGAACUGAAAUAG